UAUGAAAGAUGGUCUCGUCUGUUUCAGCGCGAACUUUUAGUUGUUUUUCCGCGCCCUCCACUUGCCACUUGCGGCUGCGAGGGCGCGCUCGGCUGAAACCCAGUGUUGCUCUGCAUGGCCCCGCGUACGGACCCGCCCGCGCGUCUCCCGGCCGAUGAAAGCACGCGGUAGAAAGUCUAUCGGUACGAGCUGUGUUCUUCGUGAUUAAAAGUUGUGAUAUUUGCGGUUGGAUUGUUGUUAGUUUUGUUUUACAGAACUAAGACAAUACCUAGUGUUACGUGUAUCCUAAAGUCAGUGACAGUCGGAUGGACGUGCAGUUGAGAUCAAGUGAAAGUCGGUAAAUUUCCCGGUGUGGGAAGGAAGCAACAAUGGAUCACCUGUUCCGCCAGCGGCGGAUAAGCGUGCCCAAGCGCACAAGCGAGCUAGUGGCGCUAAUAGCGGUGUCAUGCACGCUGUUCCUGUUCCUGCACACGCGGGACCUGAGCACCAAGCUGCGCCGCAUGGAGGGCAGGCUGAACGACGACGUGACUGCCUUCAACCACAUCACUGACAGGAUAGAGACGGGCCUAGCGGGGUAUGCGUCGGCGCAAGAGCACAAAGAGGCGCUCGAGGCUAUUCGCAGGCACACCGGCGCGGAGCGCAAAAAACCUCAGCGCACACUAGAAGCGGAGCCUGAAGAUGCUCUAGAAGAAAUGGAGCAGUAUUUAGAAGAGAUAGUUCCGGAGCCAUGGGAGUUGAACAAUACUGCGCGAGCCGGCAUGGAACUGUUGUUCUUCAACCGCGUGCCAAAGGUCGGCAGCCAGACGUUCAUGGAGCUACUGCGACGGCUGGCGGCAAAGAAUCAGUUCGGGUUCCACCGGGACGCGGUUCAGCGCGUGGAGACGAUCCGCCUGGCGCCGGCCGACCAGCAGGUGCUCGCCAGCAUCGUCACGGCGCACGCGCCGCCCGCCUCCUACAUUAAACACGUCUGCUAUACUAACUUCACCAGGUUCGGUUACCCAUCUCCGAUCUACGUGAACGUGGUACGGGACCCGGUGGAGCGCGUCAUCUCGUGGUACUACUACGUGCGGGCGCCGUGGUACUACGUCGAGAGGAAACGUGCGUUCCCCGACCUGCCGCUACCAGAUCCUGCCUGGCUGAAGAAGGACUUCGAGACGUGUGUGCUGAGCGGCGACCGCGAGUGCCGCUACGUGGAGGGCGAGACGCACGAGGGCAUCGGCGAUCACCGCCGGCAGACGCUCUUCUUUUGUGGACACGAACCUCAGUGCACGCCGUUUAACAGCGUAGAGGCGCUGCAGCGCGCGAAACGUGUCGUGGAGGAGCAGUAUGCUGUGGUCGGCGUGCUCGAGGAUAUGAACUCUACCCUGUUGGCUCUCGAGCGAUACAUCCCGCGCUUCUUCAGCGGCGCGACUAAGCUGUAUUGGGAGGAACUAAACACGUUCAACCGCAUCAACCGCAACGCCUUCAAGCCGCCGGUCUCCGAAGCCGUCAAGAACAUGGUCCGCGCCAACUUCACCCGCGAAAUUGAGUUCUACGAGUUCUGCAAACAGCGCCUCCAUCUGCAGCUCAAGGCGCUCAGAGAACCCGGCUUAACGAUGCCGGUGUCGCAGCGGGUCAAGCGGCGCGCGAUCAAGAGAUUCAGACGAGUGUAGCGACUACUGUAAACUGGCCGUGACGAAAUACCUGAGAUUUGAGUGUUAAGCAUUUUUUGGGUACAACGUGAGGCCAAUGGACAUUUGUGCUAGUUGUGAGACUGUUGAAAGCAGUGCAAACGCUUAUAAGUGUAUUGAUGAGUAUGAAGGAAU